GUUAAUUAAUAUUUUUAUCCAAUAAAAUAAAAAUGGACUCCGGUGGGCCAGUUAUUCGGCGGAUACCACAGAAGGCUGUCUUUGCCCUCCUCUUCACUCUAGUGAUUCUAAUCAUAGUUUUACUCCUUCCCAGUAGGAAUAAAAGUAGUCUAGAGACUCAAAAGGACAGUGGAAUAUUGACAUAUGGUGGUAACCAAGACGACGAUGAUUAUAAUGGGACUUACCCCCUAACCACGCCCAUAAGAACAAAUAAUAUUAUUAAAUUUAAGAUUGGAGUCGUUGCAGAUCAGGAUAAAGAUUCUAAGGAAAAGGAUAAGGAUUACACGUGGUUCUCGCUCCUAAAAAGAGGUUACUUAACUUACGAUUCUAUUAACAGUAAAGUUACUGUGGAAUGGUUUGAUGAGCUCAAGCUAUCCUCUCAUAUAUCAGAGAAGGGACGAGGUGCAGAGCUUUCCGAACUCCUCGUUUUCAAUGGGAAACUGUUAACAGUCGACGACAGAUCGGGUUUAGUAUUUGAGAUUAAAGGGAGUAAGCUGAUACCGUGGGUUAAGUUAAACGAUGGGCCAGGGAACGUUCCUAAAGGUUUUAAGGGAGAAUGGAUGGCACGGAAAGAUCGCACGGUCUAUGUGGGGGGAAUAGGCAAAGAGUGGACCAAUGAGAAAGGAGUGUAUAUAAAUGAUCAUCCUCAAUACAUAAAGCAAAUCACAUCACAAGGUCACGUCAGCCAUUGGCCCUGGGCUGUGAGGUACAAAGCAUUGAAAGAGGCUGCUGGAAUCAGAUCACCUGGAUACCUAAUACAUGAGUCAGCCUGUUGGAGCACAUAUCAUAAGAGAUGGUUCUUUUUACCAAGAAGAGCCAGUCAUGAGAGUUAUAAUGAUGUGGACGACGAGCAUAGAGGGACUAAUAUACUAAUCACUGCCGACGAGUCAUUCAAUUCUAUCGAGUCGAGAAAGAUAACGAAAUGGAAUCAUUACCGAGGCUUUUCUUCGUUCAAGUUCGUACCCGGUACAAGGGACAGGGUUGUUGUCGCUUUAAAGUCUGAAGAAAUAAAGGGAACAGUAGCAACAUAUAUAUUAGCGUUUGAUUUGAAUGGACAAAUGUUAUUGGAAGAAACUAAAAUAGACAAUUAUAAAUUUGAAGGAAUUGAAUUUUUAUGACAAAAGAAUUUAUAGUUAUGUGAUUGUUACAAAAUUCAAUCGAAAAAUUAAUAAUGAUGAUAAUAAUAAAAUAAUAACAACAA